AUGAUGAAAGUAAUUAGCAGAAUGUCAUCAUUAAUUCUUAAAAAAUCAGAUGACAUGAUUUUAUUUGCUCAUGACAAUCCAAUUAAGUUAGGUGAGACAUUAAAGUUUGGAAAUUCAUUAGGAGUAGUCAUGUCAAUAUUUGAGAGAAAUUAAUUAGCAUUAUUAUUAUAACAAUCUGAAGUUUUAGAGCCCAUCUCACAUGUAAAUUCUUUAGAGGCUUUUCCUUAAAAUUAAAUUUGUUCAAUUGCAAACAUAAAGUAAUCAAAUGAAGCUGAAACAUAUAAUAAAAAAUUACGAAAAAGAGUUCUCCCAUAGAAUUAAAUAUUAACACAUAAUGUGUAUAUAGAUCUCUUUCAUCCAAUAACCUAUGGGCAAAUGCUUAUCAUUAAAAACAAAGAGCUUUUAAAUAAGUUAAAUGCUUUUGAUCAGAUUAUAUAUUAUGGAAGAUCUCCAAUAUAAUAAGCUACUUGGUUUAAAUAUGCAGAAAAUUAAGGUUCCAAUUAUUUUUUACCAAAAUUUGCCUUGUCAUAUGCCAAAUAAGUUGCAAAAACAAAUAAAACAUUGUUAGUAAUGGAUUAAAUUUAUGAUCAUUUUGUUGCACAUUAAAAAUUAUAAGAAACAAUUCAAUCUUAUGUAUAUGAGAAAACCACAAAAACCGUUUACUUAUCAAAUCUAUUAAAAGAGCUCUCAGACUCAUGUGGUUAUAGACCUGGACAUAGUAAUCUUACUGUUGCUGUUUUACAAAGAGAUUCAAAAGAUGAUUUAUUAAAUGAGGAAUUGGACAAAGAAGUAUUAUUUAAAUGUAAUUGUACCUUUAGUUAGAAUCUUUGUAAUCUCAUACACCUUCUGCAACCUUAGCUAAACCUAGUCCAUUCAGUUUAUAAAUCUAAAGUCCUUUCUAUUAUCAUUUAGCUUAAGAAUUAUAUCAAAUUCUUUCCUAAUAUAAUGAAAAACAAUCAGAAUAUUUAUAAAAACAAUAGUUAAAAAUUCAUAUAGAUCCAUGGGACUUUUAUUAAUAUUUUGAUUGUAAACCAAUAAUUUAAAUGAUAAACUUAUUUAAUUAGUAGAAUAGACGAGAACACGAAUUAGCAGUUUUAGUAGAUUUCUCAGUUAAAGCAUUUAAAGACGAAAUAAUUUGUCAACUUAAAAGUAUGAAUAAGAAAUCAAUAUUUAAAGGCUCUCCAAACGAAACUCUUAGUGAUCUUCUUGCGUUUUCUUGCUAAAUAAAAGAAUUCGAAGGAAAAUCUUUUUCGGAAUAUUAUUAUGAGAAAAAAAAUGAAUUAUAAGGAAAUGAAUUUAAGACAAUAAUAUUAGAAAGUUUAGCUAGAUUUUAUGAACUAUAUAUGAUUCAUUUAAGAAUGACAGAUUAAUUGCUACAAUACAAAAAAGAUUAUAUUUGA